ACCAUUAGAGAUCUCUUCGAUUCCUCAGCUCAAAGCUAACCAAACCAAACCCCACACGCACAGAAAGAAAAAAAAAAACAAUUGUUGGGUCUUUUUUCUCUCUCUAGCAAGACUUUCUCUCUCUAGUUCUUGAUUAUUAUUAUCAUUCCGGUGAAUAAACCAAGAAAUGGGUAGUAGUUUUUUCGGGAGACCAAAAAUGGGUGGAUCUUCGUCGUCGUCACCAACUUCUUCUUCUUCUUCAAAGAGAGGGAAGAACAAGAACGGUUCUGACAAGCCUAAGCAGCCACAGAGAGGUCUCGGUGUGGCGCAGUUAGAGAAGAUUAGAUUACACGGAGAAUAUAACUGCAACAGCUUCAAUACUUACCCUUCUUAUCAUCCUUCAUUCAAUCAUCAGGAUGAUGUGAGGAUGCAAGUAGGACAUCAAUCCAUACCAUCUUCAUCACCAUCCUUUACAUAUGCAUCAUCAUCACCAUCAUCGGCUCCUUACGGCUUUCACCCAAACAUGAUGAUGAAUGCAAAUAAUGAUCAAUACGAGAGAACAACAAUAAGAUACGGAGAUUCUCAGCCUCACGUAGCACCGAGUUGGAACCCGAGCUACGGGAUCUUGGAGAGCCAACAUUUUGUGGAACCAAACACAACCAGACACUUCUUACACGAGGAUCCAAGAAAUAAAUCGUUGGGAUCGGGUAUUCAGGACUUCGAAUCGAGUGAAGCAAAUGAGCUAGAUUUGGAGUUGAGAUUGUGACUUUAAUUAAUGUAUGAACUCAUAUUAUUGAAAAAGAUGCCAUGGAUUUGUUAUACAUUCAAAGCAAAUUAGAGAAAUAAUAUAUAUAGGUCAUUUGAUUUGA